AUGUAUCAACUUCCAUCUUGUUAUUUACAUGAUAUGAUAGCAUCAAUUAAUUUCAAUGUCUUAUCAUCACCAAAUAAAAUUUAUUCAAAAGCUGUUGGUGGUCCUGUACUUCGAACGACAAAUUCUCAACAUAUGACAACAAUAACAACACAUAUUAUUCAAACAACAACAGGAACAGAUAAUAAUAAUAAUAAAACAACAUUACAACGUUAUAAAACUGAAUUAUGUCGUUCAUAUCAUGAAACAGGUUUUUGCAAAUAUGGUGAAAAAUGUCAAUUUGCACAUGGUUAUCAUGAAAUACGUUCGUUAAAUCGACAUCCGAAAUAUAAAACAGUACUUUGUCGAACAUAUCAUUGUACUGGAUAUUGUCCUUAUGGUCCACGUUGUCAUUUUUUACAUGAUGAAUGUUCAUCAGAUACUUUAUCAUGUAAUACAAUUUCACCAUCAUCAUCAUUUGGUAGUGAUAUUCGUUCAUCAGUAUCAUCAUCUCGAUCAAUUUCACCAAUGGAUUCACCAAUAACAAAUUCCGAUGAUAUUUUUCUAUCUUCAUUUUUACUUCAUAAGUAA